CUUAUACUGUCCAGGAAAGUUCGUUGUGGUGUGACUGUCCGGUCUCUUCACAGUGUCAGGGUUCUUUGCCACUCAGAAGGAGCAGCUGCUGGUGUAAAAGAAUAAACAAAUUAAUAAUAUCGGAUUAUUAUAACGAUAAUUAUAAGCCGUUAGAAACAACAGUCAGAGAAGCUGAACGUCUUUUUUUUAAACAGCGACGAGAAGAGUAAGCAACGAGUAAGGAUGGACUCGCUGGUGGCUGCUAUUGACCAGGGCACGAGCUCGACGAGGUUUCUGGUGUUCAAUGCAAAAACAACCAAGUUGAUCAGUCAACAUAAAGUAGAAAUCAAGCAGAGUUUCCCAAAGGAGGGCUGGGUGGAGGAAGACCCCAAGGAGUUAAUGCAGUCUGUCUAUGAGUGUAUCGAGAGGACCUGUGAGAAACUCGGCCAACUCAACAUUAACAUUUCCAACAUUAAAGCUGUGGGAGUGACCAAUCAGAGAGAGACCACUCUGGUGUGGGACAAAGAGACUGGAGAGCCACUCUACAAUGCCAUUGUUUGGUUGGACCUGCGCACACAGUCAACAGUGGAGAGUCUCAUCGCCAAAGCUCCAAGCCAAAACAAGAACCACCUCAAGCACAAAACGGGCCUUCCUAUCAGCACCUACUUCAGUGCAGUGAAGCUGCGUUGGCUUCUCGACAAUGUGGACGAAGUGCGACAGGCAGUAGCGAGCGAGCGGGCCAUGUUUGGCACCGUAGACUCAUGGCUCAUCUGGUGUCUGACGGGGGGCAGCAAAGGAGGCGUCCACUGUACUGAUGUGACUAACGCUAGCCGCACCAUGCUCUUCAACAUUCACACCAUGGAGUGGGAUCCUGAGCUGUGCAGGUACUUUGACGUCCCCAUGAAAAUCCUACCCGAAGUCAAAAGUUCCUCUGAGAUAUACGGCUGGAUGAAAUCCAGCUCUUUAGCAGGAGUUCCAAUCUCUGGGUGUCUUGGUGACCAGUCAGCAGCUCUCGUUGGUCAGAUGUGCUUCAAAGAAGGCCAGGCCAAAAAUACGUAUGGCACUGGUUGCUUUUUGCUCAGAAAUACUGGGACCAAGCCUGUCAUGUCGGAGCAUGGCCUGCUGACCACAGUUGCAUACAAGUUGGGAAAAAACCAGCCCACCUGCUACGCACUGGAGGGUUCAGUCGCCAUCGCGGGUGCAGUGGUUCGGUGGCUGAAGGACAACAUGGGCAUCGUGCAAUCCUCCGCUGAGAUGGAGAAAAUGGCUGCAGCAGUAGGGACGUCUUAUGGCUGUUAUUUUGUACCGGCUUUCUCUGGGCUGUACGCCCCCUACUGGGAGCCUAGUGCCAGAGGCAUCAUUUGUGGACUCACUCAGUUCACUAACAGGAACCACUUGGCAUUUGCUGCUCUGGAGGCUGUUUGCUUUCAGACCAGAGAGAUCCUUGAUGCCAUGAACCAGGACAGCGGUGUCCCUCUGACGCAGCUGCAGGUGGAUGGAGGCAUGACUUCCAACAGAUUACUGAUGCAGCUGCAGGCCGACAUCCUCUGCAUCCCAGUCGUACAACCCACCAUGUCGGAGACCACAGCUCUGGGUGCAGCCAUGGCCGCAGGGGCAGCAGAGGGUGUGGAUGUGUGGAGCCUGAGUCCCAGUCACCUGCCACAUGUCACGUCUGAGAAAUAUGAACCUCAGAUUAACCUUAAAGAGAGCGAGUUCCGCUUUGCUCGGUGGAAGAAGGCCGUCCAAAAAGCAAUGAACUGGGAGACGACAGAGCCUCACUGCCAUUCCAACGAUACGCAGCAGUAGAGAAUACAGGAGUGGUCAGCAGCGAGAUGACGUUGUAGAAGUAGGAUCUUGAGAUUGUGAAAUGAAUUAAAACAGUUCAAGCUGAAGAGGUGGAAACAAGUGACCAGUGGAGCAUUGUUCAGCUUAGGAAAUGCUAAUUACUCAUUUAAAUUAUUUAAAACUGUUGUUAAACUGUCUUGUAGAAAAUGUGAGUUUGCCCUCUACAGGAAAUGAAAUGGAAAAUCAGACAUUUAAAGCCUGAAGUGUCAGAUCAGGUGAUUAUCGUUCAGGAUAAGCAGAUAAAUAUGAAUGGAAAUAUUUCGGAAACAAAUUAAAUUGAAAGGUUCUGUCCCCCACAAACAAGAUGCAGCUUCUAGCAAUUAUAAAAUCAACAAGAACUUGUAUACCACUGUAUUUGCUAAUGUGCCAUCACUGAAUCAAUGCGGAAAUGUUGUGACGCAGUUUUGAAAUCAUUAUCUCCAACAUGUUGAGAAUCCAUUUCUAGAAACUACCUGGUGCUGGGCUUAUGUCCUUUUUAUUUAAAAUGACAACAGAUUUGUAACAUUUUGUACUAAAAGAAUGAAAAUAUUUUCUUGUAUGUAAUUUUGUACUUUAACAUUAUUUUAAAUGGGGGAAUGUUAAAUUUCUGCUGUGAAUGAAGAGUAUAUGAUGAUAAUAAUUUAUAAAAGGGACAUUUGUUUAAAUGUAUGUUUUAAAGCAUGUUUAAUUCUUUAUACAUGAAAUGGCUGAAGUUACUCUGAUGCAGAAUGACACAGGGAUUAAGUCAUUUUCGGCAGAAGUAAAAUGUGUCCAGAU